CGACUCUGUUCAAUGGAGGCAAGCAGCAAGCAAACGGCAGAUCGAUAGUGGCAGCACGAUCGCCCUUCUCCCUUUCCACCCAAAAAGUCCACCCUUUUUCCCCGUCGUCUGCUGCUACUGCUCGACGCGAGAGAGUCCUCAGCUCGAGCCAGUUUCAUCCGCCAGAAGCGGAAGAGAGGAGACGCGACGACCGAAGAGGGAACUGAUACAACUAUCUGCUAUAUUCAAUACCAAAAGGAAAAAUAGGAAGAGAUUUGCAGUUUAGUGCGACCAAGGACUUUCUCUCCCGUCAUCCUCCUCCUCUCGGUCGUCUCUGCAUGCGUGUGUGCGGCAUCUUCUCAAUUGGCAGUAGCAGUAGAGCGUAAGCAGCGACGAUGCUUUACGUCCCGUUGAUCGUCGGCUUCUCGCUGGUCGCCUUCGGAUACACCCAGGAUCUGGAGCUGCAACCGGCCUACAAUCAAUCAAUUGGAACUAAACGUAAUACAAAGUUGACGACGGAGGCGGCUGCGAUGACGCCACCUCAGAUGAUGAUGAUGAUCACCACCACGACAACGACCACCACCGAUUUCAAUUUCAACACAUCCGCACCCGUCGAAUACGAAACGAGCAUGCAGCGUGCGCUAGCUUGGUUGGUGACCCAAAGGAAUCAGGAUUACGGCUGGAACAACGAUACGGCCAAGGUGCUGAUGGCGCUGCAGCUGGUGCAGCUCGAGGAGGCGACCAUUGCUUCCAUCGUGCCCGCGCAGCUCGAGAUGCAGCUCUCCAUGAAACAGCUGGAAGUGGAGAUCGUCAUCCUUCUGUGGAGGCACCACGAGAUUCCUAUCACACCGCCGAAGUUGGCGCAGUACACGUUGGCGUUGAACAGCCUCUGCCAAGAUCCGAGGCAGUUCCACGGGCACGAUCUUAUCGGUACGCUGCAGCACCACGAACCUCCUCACGACCUGGACUUUGCGUACGCCACUUUGGCGGCGUGCUCCUCGAAGGCGCACGUCCGCAAGAAGCAGAUCCGCAGGUUGCUGGACAUCGCAAACACCGCUAACGAUCACAACAUUGAUACUGUAUCAAUGACGAUAAUCGCUCUGAAAUGCAUCGUGAAGGAUCACAGACAUCGUAACCUGCAGCAUUCCAUUCGAAGGCCGUGCAUCAGCUUGGGAAGGCAACAGAUGCCCGACGGCGGUUUCGGAAACGUCUACAAUACGGCCCUGGCUUUGCAGGCGCUGCAGGAUGUCUCCGAUAUUGGAGCUUAUUGGAACAGGACAGCUGCGAUCCUUUAUUUGGAGAGCAAACAGGAUCCAGAUGGAGCGUUCACCGAUGCAGGACUUACGGCCGACGUGGUUCUGGCUCUCAACUCGAAGGGUUUGGGAAACAUCCGCAGUUUGGAGUGUGAUGGACACGAGUCGGACCUGGAGAAUCACGUGGAAUUGGAUGGCAUCACCAAAUCUAUAGCCUCGCACAUGUACAACGACUCCGACCCGAGGAACAUCACCGUCUCUUACACCCUCUGGGUGGGCACCAACGUCUCGGAGAACUACACCGUCUGGUUGACAGCCCUCAGGAACACCUCCUUCUACAGCAUCAUGCAGAUGGCAGCCGACGCGGAUCCCCAUUACAACUUCGAAGCAUCCGAAUGGCCCAACGGUCACUACGUGCACACCCUGGCCGGAUACAAGGAGGAACCCAUGGGAUAUCAUUACUGGUUGCUGUACAGGCUGCCCGAACUACCCGACCCCCAGACGCCACCUGCCAAUCAACUCGUUGCUCCAGUCGGAGUGGACGAUCUGCUAAUCGAAGAAGGCGACCACUACCUCUUUUGGUACAAGAAGUUGUAAACGCAAGCAACGGCACUAAAGAAACGAAUAGCUGCUUCUAAAAAUAAUCGCAAACCGCAAAAAAAAACAACUUUAAAAUACCAAAAAAAAUAAUUAAACAGCUCUAACGCAAAAUGCACACAAGGAGGCAUUGAAAACCGGAAGCGGAAAGGCAUUUUGUUUCCACUUCACGUUCUAGAGUAUUCGCUUCGAACCUAACUAACUUU